AUGGAUAACGGGUUUCGCUAUAUUGAUACAAAACUUUCACUAAUAAAAACAUUUCUGUAUAAUCUUAUUCGUCACCAAACCUCCUCAUCAUCGAAGGAAAAAAAUGGUGCUGAUUGUUCAUCAUGUAUAUCCUCAAGCACUGAAGUUCAUAAUAUUAGUUACCCUGCUCACUUUAUCAGAUUGCUAUGACCCGUUGGAUCCAACUGGGAACAUUUCAGUAACCUUUGACAUUUACCAACGUACAGAAAAUGGAUAUCUGGCAAAGGUGAUUCUUCAAAACAAUUAUCUAUAUCGCCAUGUAGAUAAACCUGGCUGGAAACUAGGAUGGACAUGGGCUAAUAGUGAAGUGAUCUGGUCAAUGAGUGGUGCCAUUGCAACUGAUAGAGGGAGCUGCGCAAAUUACAGAGGCUCUCAGAUGCCGCAUUCAUGCAAGAAAGAUCCCAUCAUUGUUGAUCUCGGUUCAGAUGUAUCGCAAAACCGGUCAGAGCAUUGCUGUGGUGGUGGCAUCCUCUCUGCUUUGGUUGUGGAUCCUUUGAAUUCUUUCACUUCAUUUGAACUUGAAGUAAGAAACUUGGGGAACAACCCACUUGGACAAGCACCUAAUAAUGUUACAUUAAUGGCCCCUGGUCCUGGUUACUCUUGUAGCCCAUUUCAUGAUACAGAACCCUCAGUAUCCUUGGAUUCUGGGGGACUAAGACAAGUUCCUGUUCUCAGAACUUGGAAGUCAACAUGUGCAUACUCCAGUUUCUUAGCAAACCCAUCACCAAUGUGCUGUGUUUCCUUCUCAACAUUUUACAAUCCUAUAGUCACAUCAUGCAACAAUUGCAGUUGUGGAUGCAAAGAAGCAGAUAAAAGCACAAAGUCUUGCAUAAGGCCUGGUGAUCUCUUACCAAGUUCAAAUGAGGAAAAUAUAAUGAAGUGCACAGAUCAUAUGUGCCCCAUUCGAGUUCAUUGGCAUUUCAAAAACAACUAUAUGGAUCAGUGGAGGGUGAAGCUUACAAUUUCUAACUACCACUUUAAGAGAAAGUACUCAAAUUGGAAUGUACUGGUUCAGCAUCCUGGUUUAAGCCAAAAAGCAACAACUUACAGCUUCAACAGCACUAAACUUCCGACAGCGGGGCUCCAAGAUGGAGUUGCCCUUUUUUGGGGGAUAGAUUUUUACAACAAUGAGCUAUCGCACUCUGAUAAGGAUCAAGUGGGGUUUGUGACAACAGAAAUACUAUUGGAAAAAGAUCCAAACUCUUUCACAUUACAUAACGGAUGGGCAUUCCCUAGAAGAAUAUACUUCAACGGUGACAACUGUGAAAUGCCAUUACCUGACACAUUCCCCAUGUUACCAAACGGCAGCUCCAGUUUAAGACAUGCUGCUAACUACGGUUCUAAUCUUCUAUUGAUUUCUUUGUUUUUUGUUCUAGUGUUCCUUCGGUUUUGAACACUGACUAGCUACUUAGUUCUUAGCAUCUUUCUUAAUUUUGAAGGACCAAUUGAAUUUCUCCGUAA